AUGGCGGAGUCUGUCAGAGCCUUGGAGAGGCUUAGCUUUCCACUGGUGGCUAGCCCGCAGAUUGUCCUGAAAGAGACUGCUGCUCCUGCGGUAGAGAACCAGACAAGCAAAACUCCACAGCCUGUCAGUUUCCAGGCUGGGGAAACACAGAAGGCUGCAGCAGAUGCAGAUGCAGAAAGCCCGGAGCAGGUGCAAGUCCGAAUGCAGGCAGCCGCAGCUGAGCUUGGGCUUUGCGCGUCGCUUGUAGCUGUGGAUCCCCAUCCGCCGUACUAUGAGCAGACAUUGGAGUGGAGGCGCGAUCGACUAGGCGCCAAUUCUGUUGAUGAACUCUGUAAAAGCGUCGUCAUGGAGAACACUAAGCUGGAAGACGAUGCUGAGCAGGGCCGCGUUCGAUGCGUGCUGGUGGUUGUCCAGUACGUGGCCAAGCUCCACAAGGAAAAGUUGAUCAAGGCUGUGCAAGCUAUGGAGGCCAGAGGGUUGCCGGCCUUGGGCAAGAAGCAGUACAACAUGCGCCUGCUGGAGGGUGCCGCAUGCCAGGCUAUCACCGGCUGCGGCCACAAUGCCGUAACCCCUCUGAAACAAGACCUUCCAAUCAUCCUCAGCGAUGCGAUCGCUAAGCUUCCUUCUGGCCACUUCUGGUUGGGCGGUGGUCACGUGGAUCUCAAACUUCAGCUGAAGGUCGACGAGGCGGUACAGGUCAUGAAGAUGACCGUUGCGGAUGACGAGGACGAGGACGAGGACGACGACGAGGACGAGGACGAGGACGAGGACGAGGACGACGACGACGACGACGACGACGACGACGACGACGAGUACUGCUUUCACGAUUACGACUAUACUUGCUUUUGCUACUACUUGCUUGACAAUUACUUGUCUAAGGAUCAAGCAGCGGUCUACUUCAUGAAGAUGGCAGAGGCAUGUCGCCUCAACAAGAAGCAGCUGGACUGGAUGGACCUGUGGGACCUUGGCGUCCUCAUUGCGAACCGGGCUUACCAAGCGGGCAGGUGCAAUCAGAAGCAUGCUGCGAUGCUUGAGAGGCCUGUUGUGAUUCGCGCCAUAUUGAUCCAGAUGGCUUCCUCGCGGCGCCCAGGCUUCGCCGCGGAGUCCGGUUCGCCUGCAAAGGAGCCGGGUGACACUGAGUCGGACAGCGAGGCUGAGAGUGGGCAGACUUGGACGGCUUUACUGGCGAGAACGGCGCACCAGGCUGGGGGAAAGAAUUGGGUAAAAUGGCUGGUUCCUUUCCUCCUCGUUGGCAUCGCGCUGGUGCUGUGCAUGUGGAUGCUUCACAUAGCCACCUUCUACUACGUUGCCGGGAUUGUGCGAUUUGAGAAAGCGUUUGUGCCGAACCCCGACUACAAGGAGGAGCAUCCGGGGAUGUUUUCCAGUGGCCUUCGCAGCACCGACGUUUCCUACGGAUCCCUUCAGGACCCGCUCGAAGCGCAGCUCGGCUUCAAGGAUGUGCCCCUCAAGGCGUUGGAUGCAGUUGCCAUGGUCUUCCCCUUCCUCUGGUUUGUGACCGUGGUCUACUUGCGGGACGUGCAGCAGUGGACGAAGGUACUCCUGUGCCAUUCAGUGCUGGCGUUGGGGAAGGGCUUCUUCGGUGUUUUCACCAUUAUACCUGACAGCAUCGGAUGGCAGAACUGUAAGAAGCGCCUGGGGCCAUCCGGUCUUCACUUCUUCAUGGAAGAGGUGCCAGAUCCUACCCUCCAUGGUGUGUGGACGACGAGCAUGGCCAUUCUUGGCGUGGAGCUCUUGGGUCCCGACCAGAACCGGCUUUUCUCCGGGAUGCGCUUUUGCGCGGACAUGCUCUACUCCGGCCACACCUACUUCACCGUGCUCUAUAUCUUGGCUCUCUGUGAGCUCGUCCGAACAGCCAUGAAGUUGCCUGAUUCCGCGAUCUACGUAAAAAGCUUUACCCGACGGAGAAUCAUCAUGUUCCUGCUGUACAUGGCCUGUAUCGCGCAGCAGGGCAUUGAGAUCGUGCUGGUGAUCCAGAAUCGAUUCCACUACACAACAGAUGUGGUGAUGGCGGUGCUGCUGACAUUCCUUUGGUACACCUCGGCUCCAAUCUGCAUUGCUGCUAAAUGGUGGGCCGAGCUUGGCGAAGAGACCGUGAAGCUGCAGAGGUACGAGGCGAAG